AUGAAGCAUAAGACGAAUAUAUUUUAUUUCGUCUUAUGCUUUUUUUGCGUAGUAGCAAAAGCUGGUACAACCUUAGACACACCAUCAUUACCUCCAACAACGUUAACGCACCCGAUAGACCCCUCAAAUGUUCAAAUCAGUCCAACGUUAGCGGUUAUACUUGCUUGUCUCGUAUUAAUCCUAUUCGCAGGUGUCUUCAUAUAUAUGCGUCGUAUGAGCCCCGAUUCCUUCGAUCAUUCUUUGGGAUUUCAUUUCCUACGAAAUCGUUCUCCUGUUAACCGAGGACUCGACCCCGAGAUCAUUAAAACAUUCCCAGUAUUCGUCUAUUCAGAUGUCAAAUCAUUAAAUUUGGGUAAAUCCAUCUUAGAAUGCGCGGUUUGUUUAAACGAAUUCGAAGACGAAGAAACUCUCCGUCUCCUACCAAAUUGUCAUCAUGUUUUUCAUCCUGAAUGUAUUGAUGCUUGGCUCGCCUUCCGAACCACUUGCCCCGUCUGCCGAACCAAUCUCAAAACCAAACCAAUUAAACCAACCGAUCCUCAACCUGAAAAUUCAGUUACUGACACAAUCAUUGAUAUUCACAUGACAAGUGUGAUGGGUCCACAAGAGGUAAAUAAUGCAUCGCCUCAGAAGUCAAUAGAUAGUCAUAAUAUUCCGAAUUGUAGUAAUGCAAAAAGGAAAACGCCUGAUUUUCUUAGCAUUACACGAAAAUCACCAACACCUACACGAACGAAUAUAUUACGUAUGUUUAAUCGAUCACAUUCAACGGGUCAUUCGUUGAUUCAACCGGGUCAAAAUUGCGAAAGGUUUACGCUAAAGUUACCGGAGGAUGCACGUAAAAGAUUGAUGGAGUUAAGCUUGAGUAGAGCUUAUAAUAAUGGUGAAGUUUUAUCUCUAGAGAGGAGUACUUCAUCUAAGGGAUACCGGUUCGAACCGGGAAAUGGGCGGUUCAAGUUUUUAUCGACUCCGAAUUUGUUAUCUAAUAAACCCGGUUCGCCAAAGGAAGAGAAAAGUGAAAAAGAACCGAAGAAUUUGUUGAGGUCCGUUAAGUCGCCGUUAAGUUUGUUAUGUGUGACGGAAAAAGAGGAGGAAACGGGAGAAAGAUCUUUUACUUAUUUAAGAUCUAAUCCUUCAAGUUAG